GCGGCGGCGGCCGAGUGAGGCCUGAGGGGGCCCGGCGGGGGAGGGGCUGAGCGCGCCCGGGAGGAAUUUCGGGAUUUCGGGGGGAAUCUGGAGUUUGGAGAGCCGCCCUCCCCUCCCGGGGAAAAGGAAUUCUGUGCACUUUUCCCGGAGGAGCCGGAAUGCGGAGCUGAGGCAGGAAAGUUUUCCCUUCCUGGAAGAUCCAGCUGGGCCAGUCCAACCCGCCUUUCCCGGCCGGAGCGCUCCGGCCUUCCCGGCCUCUCCUUGCCGGGAAUGUCAUCCCUUCCCAGGGAAUCCCGGCGUUCCAGCCCAGGGCAGUGACCCUGUUGUGAGGAAAACACCCCCUGGGAGCAACCUGGCCCUGCUCCCUGCAGGAUCCGAGCUCCAGGGAUCACCGGGAUCACCGGGAUCACCGGGAUCACCGGGAUCAGGAGAACGCGCUUUCGCCCAUCCCGCUGCAAUUCCGGGAGCUUUGAGCCGUCCCUGUGAGGAGCUGCUUCCCCAGGACCCCAAACUCCUGCAGCUGGAAGUUUUUCAUGGAAGAUGUGGAUUUGGAGGGUUUGGAGUCUCUUCCUGUUGUGGCUGACACCAGGGAAAUAAUUCCCCAAAAGGAAAAAAAAACACCAAACAGCUCAGGGAUUUUCCAGCAGAGACUUUGGCUCUUCCGUUUCCUUCCCAAAAGGAUCAAACCCAGCAUGAGUUCAGGAUUCAGGGAACUUUAGGGGGAAAAAAAAGCCAGGAAUAAGCGGUGGGAAUACGAGGUAAGUUUUUCAGCUGGUGGAGUUUUCUCACAGUGUCCCCUGAGGGAUCCCAAGGAGGCUCCAGAGCAGGGAUUCCAUGGGAAUCCCUUGGUGUUCCCUUGGGAUCUACCCUGACUUUCCCUGGGGGUUCUCCUCAUCUUCCUGGGACUCUCUGGUUCCGUAGGAAUCUCGGGGGAAAAUGGAGCAAUUUGGGGCAAAGAGAGGAGAGAUGGGAUGGAUGGACCAGCUCCACACAGGGGGUGAAGAAAUGGGAAUAUUGGAAUUUGGGAAGCGGGAUGAAGCCAAAUGCAAUGUCUGGAAUGCCAUGAUGCCACCCUGGCUGUUUGUUUUCCUGAAGUUCACCUACCUCCAGUCUGAAAAUCCUGAAAUCCCAUUUCAGUCCCUUCCUGGAUGCUCUCCUGCCCUAUCAGCAGUCAGAAAAUCAGUAACAUCUGAUUUUCUGGGAUUUGGGGUUUAUGGGAAGGUGUGAAGCGCCUCCAUCCACCUUUUUAUCCCCUUUUCCAUCCCAAAGUACGAUUCUCACCAGGAUACAGCCUAAAUGCCACUGAUUUGGGAGGGAAUUUUAGGGAAAAUACAAGAAUAUUCCAGCUGGUGUGGCCUCAGUUCCUUGUUAAUUGGUAACUAAUUAAACCGAGCUGGGAUCCCAGGAAUGCAGCCUGGGAAGGGCUGAGGAAUAAGUUCACCCCUCUGGAAUUCUUCAGGACCCCUCUGCCCCUGCCAAGUGCCACCAGUUUUUCCCCAACCAUCUGAAAAACAAAAAAAGAGUUUUUUUUGGGAUGAAAUCCUGUGGCUUUGGUGUCCAGAAGCCCUGGAUUCUGCACUUCCCCGACUUUCUGACCGACCUGGGCCAUCCUUGGAUAUUUCCCGUGCAGUUCCCAGCAGGAAAAGCCCAAAUGCAGCAGGUUUUAAUCCUCCCACUCCAAAUUCAGCUACGAUUUCCCCAAACCAGGAGAAUUUUCCAUGUGAAAAUGGGAUUUAGGCAAUCCAGGGAGGAUCCCAGCAGUGUCUUGGAAAGGUGGAAGGAAGGAUCAGCCUAGGAUGAGAAAGGAAAAUGGGGAAUAUGCAGAAUUCUGACGGUUUUUGGCUGGGGUCGAAGUGGAGGAGGAGAAAAACUUCAUAAUGGAUCAUUGAUUUAAGGAGAAAUCCUUCAAUACUGGGAAAAACCAGUGAGAAAACCUUAGAAGCAGUGGGGUUCUGGAGCCUGGAAAAUGGGAUUGAGCCAGGGAGCUGGAAAGAGAUGGAAGGAAGCAGCAGGAAAUUGGCACUGGGAAAAAUGGAAGUGGGAAAAAUGGACCUGCCCGGGAUCCUUGGGAUUUUGGGGCCAUUCCCAGUGGGAUUCAUGGCCCCACUGAGAUCACAUUCCCAAAACCCUCCCAGCUCAGCUCGUUCUGGGCCUGGAAACUGCAGGAAAAACAGGGAAUGAAAUCAGUCAAAUCCUCAGAUUGUGCCCCAGAGCACUGAUCCUGGCACUGGGAAAAGUGGAUUUUUGGGGCUUUUGAGGUGUUUUAAAUCUGUUUGUUGGUGCAGGUGAGGUAACUGAUGCAUUAAUCCCAUUUCCAAGCGGGAAUUUCAGGUGCUCCUGGUGUUUCCAAGCUUGGAUUUGGGAAAAAAUGGGAAGUAAUGGGAUCAAAGUGGGGGAUGUUGGACAGAAGUGGCCAAUGGAUGGAUAAAAACCCUUCCAACAGCGGGACUUUUGGGGUCCAUCCCAACACAUUUCAUCCCAACAUUCCCAAUUUAUCUCAUCCUAACGCUGGGAUUUGGGCACCGAUCCCAUUCCCAGGGACAUCCCCGGAUUUAAGGGGCUGACCCGGUUCCUGGUGCCGGUUCCUCUUUCCCUCAGCCGGGGUUUUGGCUCUGCUCCCGUUGCCAGGAGCGUGUCCUGGGCCAUGUUCUCCAAGAAGAAGAAGCGGGUGGAGAUCUCGGCGCCGUCCAACUUCGAGCACCGGGUGCACACGGGCUACGACCCCUCGGAGCAGCGCUUCACCGGGCUGCCCCGCCAGUGGCAGGGGCUGCUCGAGGAGUCCGCGCGCCGCCCCAAACCUCUGGUGGACCCCGCCUGCAUCACCGCCAUCCGCGGGGCACACAAGCCCAUCGUGCGCGGCUCCAAAGGGACCCAGGAUGGGAGCCCCGGGGGCCGGGACGGAGCCCUGGCGUGGCUCCUGGACGAGCUGGAGGCCGUGUCCGUGUCCCGCUCCAACUCCCUGCGCCGGGACAGCCCCCCCUGCCCCUCCCGGCACCCCCCGGAGAACGGCCUGGCCCCGGGGCCGCCCCGCUCCCGGCCGGAGCCCGGCAGGAGCCGCCGCCGCGGGGAGCCGGAGCCCAGCCCGCCCCGGGCCCGGGAGGACCCCAAAGCUGCGGCCGGGCGGGAGCCCCCCCACCCUCACCCUCACCCCCACCCCUCCGGGGGCCGCCCCAAAUCCAGCUCGGCCGGAGAGGGGCCCCCACGGCCCCCGGCCCGCGAGCAGCGCCCGCUCUCGGGGCCCGACCUGCGGCCCCCCGACAUUGCCGGCGUUCCUGGGGCUCCCACGGCGGGGCUGAAGACGGCGCCCGGACGCCCCUUCCACACCUAUCCCCGCGCCGACACCGACCCCGGCCGGGGCGGCAGCGCGCAGGCCGAGCAGCGCCCGGGACGGCCGCAGGAGGUGACCCCCAACGGGCCGGUCCCCGCCGGCCCUCCCGGCGCCUCCCACGGCGCCCCCGGCCCCCCGCGCCCCAAAGCCCCGGAGCCGCCUCCCCCCGCCCCGGAGCCCCCGGCCCCGCGUCCCCCCGCGCCCGCCGCGGCCGGGGGUCCCCAGCGCGUGUCCCACGAGCAGUUCCGGGCGGCGCUGCAGAUGGUGGUGGACCCCGGAGACCCCCGCACGUACCUGGACAACUUCAUCAAGAUCGGCGAGGGCUCCACGGGCGUCGUCUGCAUCGCCACCGUGCGCGGCUCCGGCAAGCUGGUGGCCGUCAAGAAGAUGGACCUGCGCAAGCAGCAGCGGCGAGAGCUGCUCUUCAACGAGGUGGUGAUCAUGAGGGACCACCAGCACGAGAACGUGGUGGAGAUGUACAACAGUUACCUGGUGGGCGACGAGCUCUGGGUGGUCAUGGAGUUCCUGGAGGGCGGCGCCCUGACUGACAUCGUCACCCACACCAGGAUGUCGGAGGAGCAGAUCGCGGCCGUGUGCCGCUCCGUGCUGCGGGCGCUCGCCGUGCUCCAUGCCCAGGGCGUUAUCCACCGCGACAUCAAGAGCGACUCCAUCCUCCUCACGCACGAUGGCCGGGUGAAACUCUCAGAUUUCGGCUUCUGCGCCCAAGUGAACAAGGAGGUGCCGCGGCGCAAGUCCCUGGUGGGGACUCCCUACUGGAUGGCCCCCGAGCUCAUCUCCCGCCUGCCCUACGGCCCAGAGGUGGACAUCUGGUCCCUGGGGGUGAUGGUCAUCGAGAUGGUGGAUGGGGAACCCCCCUAUUUCAACGAGCCCCCCCUCAAAGCCAUGAAGCUGAUCCGGGACAACCUUCCCCCCCGGCUCAAGAACGGCCACAAGGUGUCCCCGUCCCUGAAGGGCUUCCUGGAGCGGAUGCUGGUGCGGGACCCGGCGCAGCGGGCCAGCGCCCCGGAGCUGCUCCGUCACCCCUUCCUGGGUGUGGCGGGGCCCCCCGCCUGCAUCGUGCCCCUCAUGCGGCAGCACCGGCUGCGGUGAGACCCCUCCCCACCCUGGGGGGGUCCCCUGGCCCCCUCCCGCUCCUCCUGCUCCUCCUCCUCGGCAGCACCCCCAAACAGGAGCGGGAUUGGGGUGUUCCUGGGGGGCAGCGGCCCCCCCAACCUGUACUACUGAGCUGGGGACCACACAGCGAGAUUCUGGGGGGGAGGGGAGGGCAGCUGUCACCCCAGAGAUUUGGGGGUGCAGGGGCUCAUCCUGGUCCCUCCCGCCUUUGGGACCCAUUUUGGGGCAUUUUCCCCCCUUUUUUUUUUUUUAGUCCCCUCUUUUCUGCCCCCUUUGGGCACUGGGGUAUGGCCCCCCUACAUCUCUGUGAGAGGGGGGGUCCCCGAAACUGCAGUCCCCCCUCUCCCCCCACCACACCACACUACUGAUUCGGGGUGUGCCCCCCCCGGGCCCUCCUCGCCUGUUUUUUGUUGAUUUUGGGGUUUUUUUUUGUUGUUGUUGGUUCCUCCUCCCCGGAACUCCCCCCCGCUCCCACGGUUUUGUUUUUUAACAAAGUGAUAUUUAUAUGGUCAGGUUUUGUACCGCGCGGGACGGGGGGGCCCCGGGGGGACACGGGGCCCCCCCAAAUUACACGUGUCCUUUUGG